GUCCUGGGUUUGGAUCUCUUGGAGGUUUGCACUUGGAUGCAUUUUGUUUUGCUGGGUGAUGCUAAAGCAGAGUGUCCUUCUGAGAGGUAGCAAAGAGUAACAGAUUUGUUACUGAAGGUGGGGGGGAAGGUCAUAUUUAGCCUUUUGAAUUGGUUCCCCAAAAACAAUUAUCGGAUGCUCGGGGGCUCAAAGACUGCAGAGCAGGUAUUCAGAAGUGGUGUCCUAAAGCAGGCACUGUGGAAUGUGGUUUCAAGUGAAGGAUUCCAAGAUGUUUUUUGUGUCUCUUUAAUCUCUCCUUAGUGAUGCUUGACCUCAGCCUUUUCUGCCCCUUUUAAGAGAAUAAUUCUUUAUAAACUUCUGCCGUUAGACUUUGACAGUUCUACUUUUUCUCUCUUCUUUUGAGAUCGCCAACACGUGUUUGUAAAACCCAACAGUGGACGAACGACCUCUAAGAGCCUCAGUUUUGGUCCAGAUUGACCAAAUCCCCACCACGGCCACUUGUUUCUGCAAAAGUGAUCGCGGAGCAUCCCCUAGUGCCAAGAUGAGCAGAAAUGGAGAGACAAAGCCAAAAGCAGCCCCAGCCGCGUUCGUGUCGCCUCCCGCCGGUCCCCGCCUCAGCGCCCCGCCCGCGCAGGCCCCGGAUGGGCCCUACGUGAGGCGGCGGCAGCUCGCGUCCCCCGCGCAGGGCGGCAGCAGGAAGACUGUUCCAGUCAGUGUGCUGCUGUUUCACUACUCAGUAUCCGUGGAUGAACAGGAAGUGAAACAAACCUUUUAAUGAAGCAGUGCCACGGCUGCCUACCCAGCAGACCUGCUGACGAGAGCCAGAGGGAUGGUGGUAGUUACGGGGCAGAACAAAGUGAGUGGAAACCCGGAUGAUGCCAUGUCGAGCUCAGAUGCAGAGGAUGAUUUCCAAGAGCCAGCCACUCCUACCGCAACCCAAGCAGGGCAAGCACUACCUCUGCUGCCUCAGCAGUUUCCAGAAGUUGUCCCACUAAAUGUAGGAGGCAUGUAUUUUACAACAAGGCUGUCAACACUGAGACGUUAUGAGGACACAAUGCUGGCAGCUAUGUUCAGUGGAAGACACUACAUCCCAACAGAUGCUGAAGGCAGAUACUUCAUUGACAGAGAUGGGACCUACUUUGGAGACAUACUUAACUUUCUACGAUCUGGUGACCUGCCACCAAGAGAACGAGUGAGGUCAGUUUACAAGGAAGCUCAGUAUUAUUCCAUAGGACCACUGCUGGACAAUCUAGAGGAUAUUCAGCCUCUUAAAGGAGAAAAAGUUAGACAAGCUUUCCUGGGCCUGAUGCCAUAUUACAAAGAUCACUUAGAGCGGAUCAUCGAAAUAGCAAAGCUUAGAGCUAUGCAGAGAAAGGCAAGAUUUGCAAAAUUAAAGGUCUGUGUCUUCAAAGAAGAGAUGCCCAUCACUCCCUAUGAAUGCCCCCAUUUCAACUCCCUACGUUUUGAAAGGAGUGAAAGUGAGACCAAGCUGUUUGAACAUCACUGCGAAGUCGAUGUCUCUUUUGGCCCCUGGGAGGCUGUGGCUGAUGUCUAUGACCUCCUGCACUGUAUCGUGACAGACCUGUCAGACAGAGGGAUAACUGUGGAUCAUCAGUGCAUUGGGGUGUGUGAUAAACACCUGAUCAAUCACUAUUACUGCAAACGUCCUAUCUAUGAAUUCAAGAUUACUUGGUGGUGAGUUAUUUUGCCCAGAAGGGUGCAAAGAGGAAUCAGAGGACUUCUGGACGAGCACUGCUUUGACUACUUCUGCAAUGUCUCUCUGGAAAUGCACUGCUGCUAACGUGUUUGGGAAUCAGCCUGCUGACGUCUUGGCCAAUGCUUAGCUGCUCAGCAAGAGGGGACCUGGUACAGAGGUUGGAAAGCCUCUGAAAUCUUGUUAAAAAAAACAGCCUGAAACAAGACUGUUGGCUCAGGUACCUUAACGAGGCACAAAACAAAAUCACCUCAUGGAAAUGAUGGAGAGGAGCACCUUAACAUCUUUUAACAGGCACCACCUACUUUGUGGCUUUAGUGGCACAGUCUGCAAAAUGGAUAUUGCAGAUCUCCCCCCUGUAUCCUUGCAAAGCCUGAGUGCUAAUAAUGCUGACAUAAAGGUGGAUGUAUCAUACCUACUGAGAAAUGUUUUAGUCACUACUUAAACUUACCAAUUGAGUAACACCCAGCACAGAGAUUCUGGAAAAGUAGUUUUGAUGAAAUAGAUCAUUUAAACAAAAAAGGGAAAAAAAAAAGGAGCAUCCCCUAUAUAUUAUUAAUUGUUGUCACAAUGAAGCUCUAUUUCUUUUAUUAAUUAAGAAUCUGCAUUCUGAGUUCUGAUCUUAUGCCUAAAUUAUUUCUGUUGUUACAAAAAGGAGUAGCAGGUUUGGAAUAUGUUCCUUAAUGCUUUUAGGAAUAAUAAGAACUAUUCAUGGAAGAUUUGUGCCUGUUUUUAGCCUUAGAAAUUCUACAUGUUUACAGUACCUACAAGAUAAAAAAGAAUCUCUCUAGAAUCAGGUCAUUUACAAGGCUUUUGGUAAAUGAGAAAACCCUGUAAGUAUGUUCCUAUUAGCAGAAGUAAGAGGGAUAUUUAAUGUAUAUUAUUUUAUGACCAACUCUUUUUACAUUCUGUGAUAUUAAACUUUGUUCUAGAGUUAGAGUCAAAUUCUACUAGAUAAGUGCUUCCUUCACUUCACCACUUUCUCAUCUUUAACAUUCUCCCUGACCCUUCCUGGUGUAACAUCAGGAAGAAAAAAAAACAUGCUUUGUUUUCAAAUAUUUCCCCCAUUAUAUGCCCGUUAUAAACCUCGUUUUCAAAUGUUCCCCCUUUAGAAACCAUUUUCAAGUAUCUACCCUGUUAUAAACCAAAUUAUCAGGCAGGUAAACUUCUUUUCAUGCUGAAAGGGGCAGCCCUGGCAGAAUCCUGUUCUUUUCAGAAGUCAGUUGCACUUCUGACAUCAGUAAUCACAACCUGAAGCUGAAUUACUUGAUGUGCCAAACUGAAAGGUAGACCUAAAGCACCUGAAAAUGUGAGGAACCAAAAACUCCAGCAUUUUUCUGAAAGACCCCACUUGAAGUGGCCCCAAAAUAAGGAGAGAAGGAAAGGAAAUGGUUCCCUGUUGCAUUCAGUUGGAGUAGUUAAUCCGAGAAUAUUGCUUGGUUAAACUUUUGACCAAAAGGUUUAAGAAACCUGGUAAUGAAUUACAGUGAUCAAAAUUCUCAGCUGAGGUAAUUUGUAGACCAAGUCUAUGAACUUUCUGAUCAAAUGGUAAUUUGUAGACCAAGUCUAUGAACUUUCUGAUCAAAUGGUAAUUUGUAGACCAAGUUUAUGAACUUUCUGAUCAAAUGGUAAUUUGUAGACCAAGUCUAAGAACUUUCUGAUCAAAUUGUCUUGCAAAAAAAAAGCAUCAAAUUGUUCAGAUUAUCACACUUUUGUAUUUAAUUUAGGAAUUGUUACUACUUUGUCUCCCUGAGGUAGGAGCCUGUAGCUCUAAUGAUCUCUUUUCAAAUAUUUACUGACAGAGGAACCUUGCCAAGUGCUGAGUUUCAAAUCCAGACCUUGAAUUUUGAAAGGGAGGAUAGGAGGAAAUUAUCUGCAUUUGGAUCUCAUUGAAAUUGCAUUUAAAUUUUCUUCAGUAUUGACCUUUGUUGUGCCUAUGUUUGUCAACCCUAAAUUAAAAGUCAAUCUUGGAUAAGUAAAGUUUCCCUAAAGUGACAGGAAGCUUGCAUGGUGUCUGAGCUACUCUGCUGGCUUUUUUGGUUUUCACUCCCAGGGAAUCUUGAACAGAAACCUACAUUUUGUAAUAACCUGUCAUUAUCCUAAAGCUGAGGCUUACAAAGUUUUGGCUGCUUUUACACUUCAGAUUUAAGUUGAGGGUUUUUAGCAUCAGUUUAGGUGGAGACUACAAAGAGAAAUGCACUUUUCCUGGGUUAUUGAAUGCAUUUUUACCACUUCCCUUAAGUACUUAAAGGGAACACAAUUCUGGUUUGAAUUUCUGCGUGACGUAGAGAAAUGGAACACAGUCUGGUUUAACAGCAUGGGGGUUUUGUUUGGCUCUAGGGAUUUUUCACUGUUAUUUUGGACAAGCUAUGGUGGCAGAAUUCCUGUUUCAGUCGUGUUUGCUGUUUCUAAAUAUGCACGCAGUGGUACUUUGCCACUUUUUUUCCUAACUGAAGACUGAGAGAUGAAAAUCAUGAUCUGUAUCAGUUGCAUCUUAAUUCAAACUUUCAUCCCUCAGAUCCUCCAGCAGACAGCAAACAUUAAGUGCAAUAUUAAAGAAGAGAACAGGGAUUUGAGCCGGCACUGAACACAUACAUUCUGUAUUGUGAUUAGCACAAGUUACUAAUACUGUUACUGACUUCAUUAAGCAGUCUUUGUUUACAAGGGUUUCAAUGAUAUUGCCUAAUAUGUUUUCAUUUUUUGGACAGGAACAGAAGAGUUGUGCAAGUGGAUGUCAGGGAAGUGUAAUCUCAUAACUGAUUUCUAGAACAUUUUUGACUUGGCUUUUAGCAUCAUUUUUGAAGCCCUGUGUUUGCGGCAAACUCACAAGUAGCUGAUCUGCUAAAUCCAUCGUUAAGAUCACUGAUGGUUUUGUGCAUCAGCAUUGUCUAGUUAAACUAAAUACCUGUGUAACAGUGGUUUUUUAAAUUAAUAUUUCCUUUAAGACUUUUCCUUGCAUCUGGUUAGGUCAGAAGUUUGUUAGAACAUAUUUAUCUGUUCUGCUUUUUAGCUUUUUUGCCACUUCACAGCUACUUUUUCACCCCUGCAUUCCCAGGCACCCUCUUUUGUCAGCCAACACCUUAGACGUGCAGUCAGUCUCAUGUCAGUAAUAUAAUCACACAAUGUGAGGGGCUGGAAGCGACUCUGAAAGUUCAUCCAGUCCAACCCCAGUGCCAGAGCAGGAUCACCUAUACCAGAUCACACAGGAAUGCAUUGAGGUGGAUCUUUAAUAUCUCCAGAAAGGGAAACACCACAACCCCCCUGGGCGGCCUCUCCCAGUGUGCUGUCACCCUCACAGUGAAAAAAGAUUUCCUCAUGUUUACAUGGAACUUCCUGUGCUUCAUAGUCCACCCAUUGCUAUCAAUAUCAUAUUCUUCACAAUGAGGGUGGCGAGACACUGGAAUAGGUUGCCCAGGGAGGUUGUGGAUGCCCUCUCCCUGGAGAUGUUCAAGGCCAGGCUGGAUGAGGCCUUGAGCAGUCUGGCCUAGUGGAAGGUGUCCUUGCCCACGGCAGGAGGUUUGUAACUAAAUGAUCUUCAAGGUCCUUUUCAACCCAAACCCUCGUAUGAUUGUAUGCAUCAUGUUUGCAGAUCAUUUAAAGGUCAAUUAAUGCAGGUCAGUGCAUGGACCUCAUUCAGUUUGAAGGAAAGUCAUCUUCAUCAUGUGCUCUGAGAGAGGAGAUGCUUGCCCUUUCUGAUUCCAGAUUGAUACAGGAAGAUGUGUUAGAAUCAACUCUUGUUUUAAAUCCUCCCUCUAAAUAGGGAGUCUGAACUAUUCUGAAAGCACAGAUUGUAUGGAUUGUGAUGACUUUUGUAUGGAUACUGAGGGUAAUGGUGGGACAGCUGAGUGCUAGUUAUGGGAAGAAUUGAAUUGUGAGCUAUUUUUGUAGGUUGCUGUGUGAACAAACCCACAAAACUAAUCUUAACAUCCCCUCCAUAUAUAUGCAUUGGCUUUCAGCAGGGAGCAAAGGGAGAUCUUACCAGGUCUCAUAUUAAGUGACUUAGCCAAUUUCACAACACAUUAAAUGUUUCUGUAUCUUUAUAAAGCACUCAGAAAUGAGAUGAGAAGAUACUUAUCUGCAGCAUCCAUUUAAUGACCAUUGAUUUCAAGAGUUUGUGUUAAAAAUGUUUUAAUAGUUUUACCAUUUCAGCUCGGUGUUAGCUUUUACCUUGAAUACACAAUGCUCUACAUAGGAAUCUGAAA